AUGGAACCAUGCAUCUGGAAUCCGAAAGAUGCAAAUCAUAAAGAUAAGAAGAAACAAGCAGAUGCAUGGAUUCGUCUUGCUGAACUUACUGGAAGGCCAGUAAAAGAAAUAAAAAAUAAAAAGGAAAUUGAAGACUUCUUUUCGCAAGCACUUGAAAAAAAAAACGUGAAUCUAUGCGUUCUGGCGCAGCAAUCACAACAAAUAAAAGAAGAUACAGAUCAGACAGAGGAUGACUCUCUGAUAAGAGACCGUACAAGUACGGUUACCACACCAUCCACACUUAUUUGA